AUGCUGGCUCUCUGCCCACGACUGGCCCUCUCCCCCCUCUUCCUCCUCGUCCCCCGCCUUGGUCUCCGCGUGCUCUUCCCCUGCCAGCGCCGUUGUUCCCUCCUUGCCCUCCGCGGGUUGCGCUCCCUCGUCCCGCCGGCAUCCACGGCGCUUGCCUCACGGUCGAUCGUCCGCCUUUCGGUGGUCCCCAGGCGAUUCUGCCUCCUCUUGCGCGGCUUCGAGUCGCCCUGCCUUCCGUUUCUGGCUGGGCGUCGUUCCCGGCUGCUGUUACUCCUACCUGUGGUUGUGGUCGAGUCGCUGUCCGUUCGGUUUGCGGUUCGCCUCCGCCUCCACCCCUUGCGGUCUCCCUGCUGCUCGUACCCCUCGAUGGCUGACGGUGCCCUUGGACUUGUGGCGUCUGCUCUUGCAGAUGCCAUCCCCGGAGGGGCCCCGGGGGACCCGGUGCCAGGCCUGCUCCGAGCCUUCGCGGUGCUGGCUGGACGCGGAUCCUCUUCCCAGUCGUCUCGCGGCCGGCGUGGCGGGCCUCCUCGGCAUGGUCGCCGUGGUGGCUCGCACCAGCCGGUGUAUCGCUCCCCUCCUGGGCGGACUCAUGCGUUUUUGCGACCGCGUCAGCAACAGUCCUUCCGUCGUACUCGCCGUCAGUCGGGCCUUCCUCCGCCUCUCCCGCGUUGUCCGCGAUCGUUGGUGCCAGGGUCCUCUCCUCCGCUGUCCCAUCUUCUUCCGCAGGCUCAGUCGCCGCCGUCGCAACCCUCGUCGUCGCCGCUCCCGCCACAGUCCCCAUCUGUUCUGCAGGCAGCUCCUCCGCCUUCUUUUUCCCCGUUGCCGUCAGCUCCCUCUGCCUCUGCGGUUGUUCUGCCCGCUCCAACAGCACCGCCUGCUCUCCCCCCGCGCGCGCUCCCACAGUUGUUUCUUGGGGGGUGUGAGAUCCCAAGACCAUGUGAGGUGUUGUCGACUCCCCAGCCGGCUGCCGCACCCGUAGCCUCUGCUGCCGCUCCCGAUGAGCCCUGUAGUCGGUGGGAGGAGUGUCCGCCUGUAGAGCGGCUUCGUCGCGUCGAGCAGCGCGUUGCGACUGUGGGGACUGUCCUGGAGCUGCUGGCGUUGCGGGCCGUUGUGGUGACGGCGGCGCGGCGGAUGAUGGGGAGCCUCCCGCAGAUGGGCCUCGAGACAGGCUCCCCGGGGCUGGGUUCUGGUCCCGGGCCUUCUGCUGUGAGGCGGUUGGCCUCUUCAGUCCGUCAUGCCCCCCUCGACCUUGUGCCAGCCGCCUCGGCGCUGUUGCGCUGGUUGGACGGGCGGCUGGCUUUGAUCCGCGCCGAUUAG